UACACAGCCAGCAUUAACCCACAUCAUGCGUUUGUUACGAACUGAUACACUUGAGGCUCAAGAAUUCGAAUAUGGGAAUAUUCCUCAGUACGCCAUAUUAUCUCAUCGGUGGGGCAAAGACGAACUCACCCUCCAAGAUUUGGAACAAGGUGUCACGGAAAAGCAAGGACACAAAAAAGUGCAACAGUUUUGCUCAAGAGCCAAAGCCGACGGGUUUGACUAUGGCUGGGUUGACACGUGCUGCAUAAAUAAGACGAGCAGCGCAGAGUUGUCGGAGGCCAUCAAUUCCAUGUACCUCUGGUAUUAUCAAGCUGAGAGGUGCUAUGCCUAUCUGGUGGAUAUCCCUUCGAAACCCAAUAUUGAAGAGAGCGAGUGGUUUACCCGAGGAUGGACUCUCCAAGAGCUUGUCGCACCCUCAGAGGUUUACUUUGUUGAUGAGCACUGGAACGACCUAGGAACUAAAAAAGACCUGCAACAAGUCGUGUCUAGAUGCACUGGUAUACCCAUCAGCAUCCUGUCGGGUGAUGAUGAUCUUGAAACAGCCAGCAUUGCACAAAGGAUGUCAUGGGCUUCCAACAGAAAGACACAAAGGCUUGAAGAUCGGGCCUACAGUUUGAUGGGAAUAUUUGGCAUCAAUAUGCCCCUGCUUUAUGGAGAAGGCGAACGUGCUUUUAUUAGGCUCCAAGAGGAAAUUAUGAGAGUCUCGGAUGACCAUAGUAUUUUUGCGUGGGAAUCUCCUGAUAAUCGCGGCGGAUUACUGGCAACUUCUCCCGAGGCGUUCAAAAACUCCAAAAAUAUUAUUCCAUUCAAUCACUUCAACGACCCCAACGAUGCUUCGACCAUAAAUAGCCGAGGGAUCCAUUUAAGUGCCCGUUUUAUGGGUAAGGGACCUCAAGGAUUAGGCCUCGCAAUUCUUCAUUGCAAACAGCAAGGUGUGGAAGAUAGGCCAAUUGCCAUCUAUUUGAGGGACGUAUUCGGAACUAUGCAAACAUUUGAGAGAGUCAAGAGCGAAAAGCUGGAGCAGCUUGAUCUGAGAAAGGUCAAAUCCUCAUAUUAUCCAAUGAGAAAACUAUGCGUCCAAACGGGGCGAAUGACGCCUACUCGGGGAUCCAAAGCCGUUGGGAAAUAUGAUAACACUACUCAAUACACUAUUUACGACAAUGAAAAGCUCGAGCAGUUAAUAAGCGUCACGGAUCCGGAAACUUUAAUACGCGCAGCUGAAUCAGGAUUUCAAGACCGAGUAUGGCUCCUGCUAACGAGAGAUGACAUUAAUAUCGAUGGGGUGGAUAGACAUAAAAAGAGUGCCUUGAUAUGUGCUAUAGAUGGCGGCCAUGAGAAUAUCGUCAAGAUACUGCUUGCUCGGGGCGCCAAGCUUGAUUCCUCUGUUGGCGAGUAUGGGAUACCUCUUUUAUUCGCAAUUCACAAAAGAAACAUACCCAUAAUUAAGCUGCUGCUUGAUAACGGGGCCAAAGUUGACUUUAAGUAUGAAAAGUCUGUGGAGACACCAAUAAUAGUAGCGGCUGAUAAAGGAUUUGAUGACAUCGUUGAGCUUUUGCUCAACAAGGGCGCCGACGUCAACUCUUUUGAUCAACCCAACGAAACACCCUUGCGGUUAGCUUGCAAGAGAGGGCAUUACAGUACUGCCAAGCUGUUGCUUAAUAGCGGCGCUACAGUUGACUUGACGCACUACCGCUCUCAACAUACACCGCUACAAGAAGCCGCCGCGCAGGGACAUGAGAGCAUCGUCGAACUGUUGGUGGAUAGGGGAGCCCAAAUCAAUAUACGAGAUUCCAUUGGCCGGUCGCCGCUGUACUUGGCUUCCUCAAAUGGACAUGAAAAGAUUGUUAACCUACUCCUUGAUAGAGGAGCCAACUUUGAUGUGAAAGAACGGCUGCCACCCCCGAUAUAUAAGGCCCCUGGCAAGGUACCACAAGCUAAAGGUUCUGGAAUUAAGCUACAAGAUAAGAAAUCGGGGGGCUUCUCAAUUAACCUCUUCAGGAAGAUAUGAGAGACAGUGUUGUCAAAGUAUAGUUUAAUAAAAAACCAUUUAGCUGAAUGGCGGAACGUACGGAGCAGAUUGGAUAGCAAGACGCAACUUCGUGUGAU